AUUUAUUCCUUCUCUACUUUUCUGAUUUCUCUGUAAGAUUUUCCAUUUCCAUUUCUCACCAUCCCCACACCCCAUGUUCUUUGUCUAAAUCUCUUCACACAUCUCCUCUUGUUCCCUUAAAAAAAAGGGGGGGGUUUAAGUUCCUCCAGAAAUUCCCAAUUUUUCUUUUUCUUUUUCUAUUUCCAUGGUGCUUUUGCAGAGAAAUGGAGUAUUUGUUUGUGUCUUUUUGCGUAAAAUGCUAAUGGGUUUGUAAGUUUAAGUCAUUUUCUCAUCUGGGUUGGUGAGUUUUCUUGUUUUUCCCUGUUCUAUUCAUAGCUGUACCCCUCUUUCUUUCUAUUGAUUCUUCAUCGAUUUUUGAGAGCCAUUUUGUUGUGUAAUUUCGUGGGUUGAACCUUUACUGCCUGAUUUCUACUUCUACGAGGUUCUCUGGUUUUUCUCUUGAUUUGUAAUAAACCGUGUGUUCAUUUUUGAGGUAGCAAUUGGUGAAACCUACCAAAUCUGAAUCUUGUACUAUGCAUUUUCUUUGCUGGAGAUUUGUUUGAUUGAAUUUAUAUUUGGUAAAGAUUUUAAUCUGGGUCUAAAGGGUAUCCCCCAUUUUUCCAUUUUUCCAAUUUCUCCCUCUUUUGAUUUGGAUCCCCACACUUCGCCAUUGGCGCUGGAAGAAGAAACUCUUCUUUCCCCCUCUUUCUUUCUUUUUUCUUGAAGAAGGGGUUGAGAUUUCUGGGGUUUUCUUCAAUUACUGCUUGGUUUUCAGAGUGAUGCCUUCUGAAGGUGUCCAACAAUGGCGAAUCUCGUUCCUGGAGUGCUUCUCAAACUGCUGCAGCACAUGAACACAGAUGUGAAGGUUGCUGGAGAGCACAGGUCGACGUUGUUACAAGUUGUGAGCAUAGUUCCGGCAUUGGCCGGAGGCGAUCUCUCACCGAAUCAAGGUUUUUAUCUCAAAGUCUCUGAUUCUUCUCAUGCCACAUAUGUCUCACUCCCUGAUGAACAUGGUGAUCUGAUUCUUAGUGACAAGAUUCAAUUGGGUCAGUUUAUUCAUGUCGAACGGCUUGAGGCUGCUUCCCCAGUCCCCAUUCUUCACGGAGUUCGACCGGUGCCCGGUCGACACCCUUGUGUGGGGAGCCCUGAAGAUAUUGUUGCUACUCAUUCUCCUGGGUUUCUUAACAAUAAUCCUAAUUUGAAACCUUUGGACAAAUUGAAACCGACCCCGAAAGUUUUAGGCCUUGGCAUUGGUGGGGAGAAGGAGAAAUCUGCGCCUGUGAGACUCAACGGCAAUGCCAAGGAGGAUAAGAUUGAGAAGAGAGCCUCACCCUUGAGUAGAUCCAAGUCUCAGGCGUCAAAAUUGACAGUGAAUGUAGAUGUGAAGAAGGAGCCUCUGACGAGGCUAAAGUCGAUGAAUUCACGGUCUAUACCCUCAUCUCCAACAAGCUGUUAUUCAUUGCCUUCUUCAUUUGAGAAGUUUGCCAACAGCAUUAAGCAGCAGGGGAAGGUUAAGGCGUUGUCUAAUGGAACAGCCAAGGUAGGAGCGGUUGAAAAGACGAAUCCUGUUCGUUCAGCCAGUCCUGUCACCAAGAAGAUGGGAGUGGGACAUCAGAUCAAACAUUUAGUUCAGGGCAUUGAGGUUGGGGCCAAGGCUCUGAGGAAGAGUUGGGAAGGGAAUAUGGAGACAAAAAGAAGAGACAAUUCGAUCUUAAGGGCAAGCAAACUUGAUCCCAAGCCUGAAGCUCGGGUUACUACCCCGAGAAGAAGUACAUCAAGUGACAAGUUGCCAUCAAGAGAGGAGAAUAGGAUUCAGAUGCCUGCAAAGUCAUCUAAAGAUGAUCAUAGCGUGCACGCAUCUUCAAAGAAGAAUGCUGCUAAUGGAGCUUUAGAUAAUCAGGAAAGGUCAAAUAGACAAAAAUCUUCUAGUGGAAGGAAAUCUUCCUCAAGUGAUGCAGCCGGAUUCCCAGGAAACUUGGUGAAAAUUCCUCUUAAUAAUAAAAGAUUGAGUGAAGGGAGUGUUUCAUGGGCUUCACUUCCAUCAUCUCUUGCCAAGCUUGGGAAGGAAGUUAUGAGGCACAGAGAUGCUGCACAAGCAGCAGCAAUAGAGGCUAUUCAAGAAGCUUCGGUGGCAGAGAGCUGUCUACGAUGUUUAAGUAUAUUUUCUGAGUUACAUACUGCUGCGAAAGAAGACAAUCCACAGCCUGCGGUAGAACAGUUUUUGACCCUUCAUGCGAGCCUAACCAAUGCUCACAUGGUAGCUGAAUCUCUUUCGAAAACUAGUCUCUCUGGUUCGACCAAUGAGGGCGAAGAAACUGCUUCAGAAGAAACAAUGAAGGUCACGUUAAUGGCAAGAAAACAGGCAUCUGCUUGGGUCCAGGCUGCUUUGGCCACUAACCUUUCAUCAUUUGCAAUUUACAGCCGUGAUCCAUCAUUGGCUCUAAACCCGACCUCAUCUCUAUCUCAAAACCAAAAGAGUGCAUCUGCCAAUCAGCCUAUAGUGGUUUUAGAAAACUCAUCUAAGAACAGCUCGUCGAAAUCUCAAGGGAAGGUCCGCCAGAUGAUAAGCUCUAAACCUAUUGGAUCAGGAAAUCUAAGUCGAACAAAGGAAGGAGUGACACUGGGUCAGAAGGUGCAGCCUCAACCUCCACCAGAAUGGAUAAGAGGAAACGGUAUUGACGAAGCAGUCGACUUAGCUGAGAUGUUACGGCUGCAAUCCCAGGACUGGUUCUUGACAUUCAUGGAAAGGUUUUUGGAUGCAGGUGUCGACACUGCAGCCUUGUCAGAUAAUGGACAAUUAGCAGGAAUAUUGACUCAGCUGAAAAGUGUAAACGACUGGUUAGAUGGCAUAGCUUCUAGCAAGGAUGAAGAAGACACCACUCACAUUUCGACUGAGACGAUCGACAGGCUGAGGAAGAAGAUCUACGAGUAUCUUCUCAUGCACGUCGAGUCUGCAGCCGCUGCACUUGGUGGGGGAUCACAGCCACUGCCACAGCAGAUACAAGCAACUGAAACAAAAGCAAGAAGGUAACUGUCAAAUAUCGGUGUUGGUUUGAUCUUAACAUGAAUUCUUCACUGUGCCCUGAGUUCGGUGUUGAGCAUUAAAUCAUGUACAUAACUUCUGCAUCGGUUCACGUCAUAGAUGAAAAGUGGCUAUUAGUGGUAUGGAAGGAUUAAGGAGUUAGAUUACGGUUACCAUUCUCUUUUCUUCUUUUUAAUUUAUGGGAUUUGAUUACUGAAAUUUAUACAAACAUGGGUUUGUUCAGUUCAGCUUUACACAUAUAGUCAAUUGUACAUUCUGUUGUUAGUGAGAGUGCAUAUUGAUGUUCCUGAAGAAGCAGAUAAUUUAUUCUAUUUGUUUUAGUA